AGUUUUCGGUUAGAAGAAAGAAAAAAAAUGCUAAAGUUUUCAAGUUAAAGAUACACCCAGUGAGUCACGUAAUAACUUAAAAGUAAAAUAGUGUGUACUUGUAUAUUAUACACUGUGUUAUAACAUCAAACUAUUCUAUUGACCGAGAAUUCACAUAUAAGCUUAGGAACUAGGAAUAACUGCGUUUUCACUAAAACAACCCCAACCAAACCUUCGAAACGUCAGCUAAUAUACUAUAAACAAUAUAUCACUUAUAGACACUUAAUUCAUCUUAUUAAUAGCAUGUCCGAUCAGAAUUUAGAGCAACCAACCAACGGAAGCAAUACUCAUACGAUUUCCAAUUUAUCCGCCGGGUUAAAGUCGGUGACAUUGAAUGACCAACAACAAAACGAGGUAAAUUUAAACUUAUUACAACAACAAUUACAGAAUGAAACCACCAAUGCUCAACAACAAUCAAGAAUAACCAAAUUCUUCCAAAACCAACCUACUGAAGGGUACACACUCUUCUCACAUAGAUCUGCACCCAACGGAUUCAAAGUGGCGAUAAUAUUGUCCGAGUUGAAUUUGCCGUUUAAUACCAUAUUCUUGGAUUUCAACCAUGGAGAGCAAAGAGCUCCGGAAUUCGUCACCAUAAACCCCAAUGCCAGAGUUCCAGCAUUGAUUGACCAUUUCAAUGAAAACACCUCUAUUUGGGAAUCGGGAGCAAUCAUAUUAUACUUGGUGUCUAAAUAUCUUAAAGAAAACGGUGAAUGUGCAUUAUGGUCGGAUAAUUUAGUAGAACAAUCACAAAUUUCUUCAUGGUUGUUCUUCCAGACCUCGGGGCAUGCACCUAUGAUUGGCCAAGCAUUACAUUUUAGAUAUUUCCACUCCUGUCCUGUACCAAGUGCCGUGGAGAGAUAUACCGAUGAAGUAAGGAGGGUUUACGGGGUUGUGGAAAUGGCAUUGGCUGAAAGAAGAGAAGCAUUAAUUAUGGAUUUAGACGUCGAGAAUGCCGCUGCGUACAGUGCAGGAACAACUCCAUUAUCACAAUCAAGAUACUUUGAUUACCCAGUAUGGUUAGUUGGCGAUAGAGCUACCGUGGCAGAUUUGUCAUUUGUACCAUGGAACAAUGUUGUUGAUAGAAUAGGCAUUAAUUUGAAGGUGGAAUUCCCUGAAGUUUAUAAAUGGACCAAAUAUAUGAUGAGAAGACCAGCAGUGAUUAGAGCUUUGCGAGGAGAUUAAAGUGAACCUUUUUUUUGUUGUUGAAUAUGUGUAUGUACGUGCAUAUAUUAUAUCUAGAUAUAUGUUUAUGAUUGUUCAUGAUAGUGUGUAAAUUAAAUACAAAUUUGAAUAGAAUUGUUUGUGUGUGUGUG